AGAGACGCACAUCGUAGCAGCUUGUGGACCCAAUCAACGUCCACCACGGGACUCUUGCCACUUGAAUCCUGCACUCUGUCCUCUCUACAUCCAUUCAUCCACCACCACCAUGCCCACAGAGUCAUCCCUCCCCCUCAACUCCGUCCCUCCACACCCUCCAGACUCGGCAAUCCUCAAAUGCUCGCUGUGCGGGGUGCCGAACCCCUCUGCGACAGUGCUCGUCCCGACCUCGGAUUGUAUUGGCUUGUCGGACCCGGAUCAUGGUGAAAGGGUGUGCUUGGAGUGUGCGGCUUUGAUGGGUGUGCGUCCUGUUCUUCCGGCAGAGGGCGGGGAAGAGCAGGGGCUGGAGCGGGGUGGGCUUGGACGCGUAAACAGCAGAGCUGGAGUAGUGGAGGACUCUGAGAGGAUAUCUUUGGAGAGAGCGGAGAGCGGUAAAACAGAGGAUGAGCCUGCUGGGGAUCAGGCCAGGGGUGCAGAGACCGAUACUCCUGAACCCCAGCUCUCACCACCCCCGUUGUCCGAUAUACCGCCAGACGACCUUUCUCGGCCGCAAUCUACCUCCUCUUCAUCCCUCGCUUCAUCUCCUUCCCCCCUACCUCCACCCCCGAAGGCUAUCCUUCCCGCCAGCUCAAAGUCUGAAACGAUCAGCCCGAUCGACAUUUGGAAUGCCACCCGGGACGAAGGUCCACCUCAUCGCAUCAACCAAGUCGCGAACCUCAGACAGCCCAAUGUCUGCCGUGGUUCAAUAUACCCGGGGAGUGUCUUCAAGGGCAAACAGACGAGUGGGAGGAGCUCAUACGAUGUUGAAAUCCGAUUCCUCGAAGUCGACUUUGCCAACUCCCACCUCUCUGGAUACCUCUCCAUCGUCGGCCUCACCGAAGCUCACCCCCACCUCACUACUCUCUUUACAGCCGAAAUCAUCGGUCCCAAAUACGGUUUCAUCACAGGCCCGCGCUAUGCUGCUUCAGAGCAAGAUGAUCUCCGGCACUGGGGCCGGUUUGAGCAGUUCCGCAGGGGGUCUACUAGAGAUGAUUUGAGGGGGGAGGAGCUGUUUUUGAGAGAGGUUGGGGAGGAUGAGAGGGAGAGGGAUUUUGUGUUUAUGAGGAUGAAGGAGAGGUUUUUGGUGCCGGAUCAUAGUGUGAAGGAUAUCUCUGGGGCGAGUUUUGCAGGCUUCUAUUAUGCCAUGAUAGACUUUGGCCCAUGCCUCGCCAUGCCUUCAAAAUCACCCAGAACAGCACCCCAACCCACAGAUACCCACCAAACAUCUACGGUCGAGCCCGUGGCGCCAGGGCAGAACCUUGGCGAUCUUGGCCGUAUGGGGAGAGGGCUCAGACCGGGAGCGGGGAGAAAGUCGAGUGGAGGGGUGAAGCGUGAGGAGCCGUCGGCGACAGGGAGAGAGGCUACGAUCCGAGGGUACUAUUUCCACUCCCUUAAUCAAGAACCUUUCCAAGAACUUGCUCUCACCCACGUCCCUCAGAAGAGUUGCAGUACUUGGGAGUAUCGAUGAAAACCUCCUGAGACUGCCCGGAAGCCCCGGGUAUAUAUCGCCACGCCCGACAUCACAUCUCAUGUUUCGCCCUCGUCUAUGGCAUGUCCCGACACAAGCAAGGCAUCGACAAGAUCACCUUGCACCCGCCCAUUGUAACUGCAUCCGAUGUUUCUACUCGUAACAUAUAGAGUACGAGUACUCUCGCCUUCCUUGUUGAAUUCCCCCCUUGUUCUCAUUGUGCUACUCUCUCUUCCUUCUUUCCUAUAAGAGCCUCAUUAUUGUGUCACGAAAGAACAACGUUUGUACAUCAUGCCACCAUCAUACUUGACUUUUUGUGUUAUAAUACUUUUCGUCUAUGCAUUGGACUCGUGAUCUGUCGG